UGUGUUGUCAUGGCGCGUUUUCAAGCGCGGAAGCUGCGCGGAAGUGAGAUGUGUGAUAAUGGUGUGCUCAGUGAUGUAAAGCCUCUUCCUCCGUCUCCUCCUCUUCAUCACUCAUGGCCGUCUUCUCUCUCAGCAUUGACCUCUUCUCGUCAGGUCACCGCACAUCUCUACAGCUCACUACAGCACAGCCGAGAACAAGAGGUCAAAGGUCACACUGCCGCCAGACAAGUGUCGUUCGCUCUCUCGUCUCCUGACCUCACCACGGUCAGAAUGACUGCAGCCACGCCCCCUCUCCUUCCUCAUAGGCUGGAGGAGUCACAAGAGGUGGACUGCAGUCUGGACUCCUCCUCCUGUGGCGUGAUUGGCUCUGGAGUGGAGGAGGCGGAGUCAGAGGUGGAGUCAGAGGCAGAUCGAAUGUCUAAUGAGAUGGACCUUCAUCUACAGAACAACCUGAGCAAAUCAGCACAACUAACGAGUGGCAGGAGGCAUAUAGAGGAGAUGGAGAAUGUGAGAACUCAUUUACAGUCAAUAUUGAGAAAAACAGCUGCUGCAGACACACACGAGUUUGGGGCUCCCGUGUCACAGCACUUCUUGGAUGAUUCGCGGGAGAGUGACGCCACCUCACACCUGCUCAGUGCUGGUGUGUCUGUGGGCGCGAUGGAGGAUUUGUUCCCACUGUAUUCUCGUCUGCAUGUGGACACGGGCCGCUCUGCCUCUGAGCUGCAGGUGUUGAGAGAGAGUCUGGAGAGGGAGAGAUCACGCCGGAAGGUGUGUGAGCAGCAGGUGGCAUCUCUGCAGAAUAAAGUUCUUCAGCUUCAGCAGCAGUUAACGCUUGCUGUCGCUGCUGACCGCAAGAAAGACAUCAUGAUCGAACAACUCGACAAGACGCUGGUGAAGGUGGUGGAGGGCUGGAAGAGACAUGAUCAGGACAGGAUUGAGGAGAUGAAACGCCUGCAGGAGGAGAAAGAGACAGCAGAGAGAACACACAGCAAACACAGAGAGGCUCUUUCUCAUGUGGAGCAGAAUCUCUCUAAGGUACAGGAAACUCUGGACAAAGAGCAGAAACACAAGCAGGAGCUGCACAACACCAACAAACAACUGGAGCAGCAGCUGUCGGAGCUGCGUUUGUGUAUGGAGAAACUCCAGCAAGAAGAACAGAGACUACUCAGAGACGCCGACAGAGAGAGAGACAAACUCAACAAACUCCAGACUGACACCAAUAACACACACACACAACUACAACAACACAUACAAGAACUACAACAACAACUCACACACACAUCACAACAGCUGGAGAGAGAGAGAGCUCAGGUGAAACAGGAAGUGUCUCUGCGUGAGGAGACUCAAAGCAGAUCACAGCUGCUACAGGAAGAGCUGGACAACACCAGGAGAGAGAGAGACACACUGAGAGUGGACCGAGCCCUGGAGCAGACUCAGUUUGAAGCCCAGAAGUCUCAGAUGGAGGUGGAGUUUCGUCUGUCACUGGAGCAGCAGCUGAAUGAAAGACUUUCAACUAUACAGGAGGAGAACACAACACACACUACACAACUACGACAACAGCACAGGAAGCAGUUGUUGGAUCUGAGUGCACGUCAUGAGCGAGAUCUGUCGGCUCAGCUGGAUCAGUUCAGAACACAGUUACAGGAGAAAGAGCACAAACUACAGCAGCUCACACACUUCUACCAGAACAAACUGUCAGAGGUGCAAGAGGAGCUGGUUUCCAUGGCAGCGUCUAAACGCAGACUGGAGACGCACAGGGAGGAGCUUGUGUCCCGCCUGCAGGGAAUGAUGCGCUCUCAUUGGGCAGAGGCUUUGAGAUUGUUGACCAAUCAGGAGCAGAUGGAGAGUGUUUUUUCUCCUGUUCCUCAGUGGGAAGCUUCCAAAACCUCCUCUACCCCUCAAAAUACUGCUAGUAGUGACACACACCUGCCAGGUGCACAGGCUGUAGUUCUGCAUCUGUCCAGAGAGAAGGAGAGAGGGAUGAGAGAGGACGAGAGAGAGACGACAAAGAGAGAAGCGACGAAACACUCUGAUUUUGGUGUGUUGAAUUAUAGUAGUUCAUUCACACCUCUGGAACCUGUAUUGGACCAGACUAAUCUGACAGCUCUCAGUGACAGCAGUGGAUUGUGGGUGAGGCCUGUGUUUGCAGAAGGAGGAAACAGCACUGAGGGAAAGAUGAAAGAAACCCGAACACACCAGAACCAGGAUCUGAAUCACAGUCAGUGUGAACAGAAUCAAAUCAGACUGAAUCAGAUUCUGAAUCCAAAGCAGAUACAGCCUCCAACGGAGACACGAGCCAAUCACAGCUCAAGCUCAGAUAGUGGGCGGGGCAGGACGGGAGCUCCUGUAGUAUUGUACAGUAGUGAUUCAGAGAAGACUCCGCCCAUCAGAGAUGAAGCCUCGCCCAGCAGGACAAGAGUUUCCUCUUUAAGUGAAGACAGACAGAGUGAACUGCAGUAUUAUGUGUCAAAGCUACUGGAGCGUUCUCCUGGUGACCCACUGGAGGAGCCAAUCAGAGAGCAGCGUCAGGCUGCACAUGUGACUGACCUCCUGCAUACACACACUACACAACAACUGCAGGAAAUACUGCAGAGCUUCAGCAGGUCUGAUGAAGGUGGAGUUCACACACUGAGAUCAAACCUGCAGCAGAAACCACAUCAACAUGACAAGAAAGAGGUGAGUGUUUCAUCUCAGCGUGAUGUUUCUCGUGUGGUCCAGAGCAGAAGAUCUGUAGGACGCAGAGGAGGAUCUCAGAGAGUCUGGAGAUGAUACUGUCUGAUUUUAAUCUUCUCAUUUACUCAUGUGCUUUAUGAUAUUUGAAAUAAAAACUCUGCAUG